AUGGCUUUUGGCUUCUCAAACCAAGGAAACGCCAUGCUCGGUAGCACGGCUGGAGGCGGAGGACUCAAUCAAGGCCCCGAGCUGGAGGUGAUCCAGACCGAGGCACUUGGUUUCAAAUCGAUUGCCGGAGACGCAAAGCUCCGGCUAACAUCCGCGUGGUCCCCUGCCCCCGCCGACACGGCCUCCCUCCUCAGUAUCGCCCCCCGCCGAGGCCUCGUCGCCGCCGCCGGUCCGGACGGCAUCACGAUUGCCUCAACCGAGUCUGUACGCAAGGGUUUUGAAGCUGAGACUAAGGAGAGCGACGCCUCCGAUGUCCGCGCCUUCCAACCCCAGGCCAAGCUGCCCAUGUCCAUGAGAGUGGCACAGCUGGCCUUCAGCACCGAUGAGAAUUACCUUAUCCUUUCUGCCGAAAGUGGCGGCGGUCUUGCCGUCUACGAAACUCAGAGCCUGCUAAAUGGUGGUACACAGGCAGCAUUCGAGCUUGCGACAAACGGCGAGACACUCAGGUCGCUUGUUCCAAAUCCCACAGUUGAGAAGGCUGAGCUGGUUGCCAUUGUAACGAAUAACGGGAACUUGCACAUUGCAAGCUUAAAGGAUAGGCAGCUAAGCAACCCCUUGAAGACACAGGUCAGCUGUCUGAGCUGGAGUACCAAAGGAAAGCAAUUGGUCGCGGGCUUGGCGGAUGGUACUAUUUGCCAGAUGACCCCAGAGGGCGAAGAGAAGGGACAAAUUCCCUGCCCGCCCAGCGUGAACGACGCUCACGUGUCUUCUCUCAGUUGGUUGGAAAACCAUCUAUUCCUUGCCAUCCACACAUCAACAUCCGAGUCUCCUCCCGCCUCAGUUUACCACAUAAUUACUAGGAAGUUGCCGGCAGACUUCACAUAUCAGAAGCUUACCGAUCCAGUUGACCCCUUUGGCGCAGAGAAGACGCCUCAUCAUUCAAUAUUAAGACUGAAAGAUUUCCCUCCUAGCCUACAGGAUCUUCUCAUUGUCGCAUCGACGGCAUCCCCUGAUAUUGGCCUUCUCAGCAGGUCCAAAACCCCCCUCACCCCUGACCGACCAGCAGACGCUAUUACAAAUGUUUUCACCACCACAGAACUGGCCGACGACUCUAAACGUGCUUCUAUUCCUUUGACCGAGGACUUCGGGAACACAUUCCCAAUUGGAGUUGCUCUCGACCUGUCCAGCAAGGAGAAGGUUUACAAGCCUCUGCCCGCUGACGAAGAGAUUGAAGACUCGCCUGGCCCUCUGCCAGGUUUCUGGGUUCUUAACCAUGAGGGUAUCCUCUGCUCCUGGUGGAUUGUGUACGAAGAGUCCAUUAGGCAAGGCACAACAUACCCGGGCAUGGCAAUGUUAGACACAUCAGCUCCUGCGUCUACACUCGGCCCCACGCCAUCACCAGCAGUACCAGCCCCGGCUGCUGCUGCUCCUUCGCCCUUCGGUGGUCCCUCGAAACCCUCACCGUUCGGCUCGAAUCAAAGCGCGACACCUGCCUUCGGUGCCCCAUCUGCUUUGGGCGGGGCGCAAAACAAAGCCAACCCUUUCAGCUCUGGCUCAUCAACGACCCCUGCAUUUGGCGGCGCGUCUGUUCUCGGUUCGAAGGCUUCACCAUGGGGCAGCUCAAAUACAGAAAGCUCUACAGCCGCCACAACAUCCACUGGGUCGACUUUUGGAAGCAAUGUGUUCGGUAGCAGCGCGGCCAGCCCUUCAACGUUCGGGCAGCCUUCGGCCUCCAAAUCGGCCUUCGGAAGCGGCAGUGCCUUUGGUAGCACUAGCACCCCAACCUCUUCCUCAGGCCCAGCUUUUGGCCAACCUUCAUCUAUUGGUUUUGGCCAAAACUCAUCGCUCGGUCAAAGCAAAUCUCCUUGGGCAACCGCUGCUGGUUCCGCAUCAAAUGCUACGGGCUCAGCCUUUGGCCAAUCCAGCUUCGGCUCUGCUAGUAAAGGUGUCUUUGGGAGUGGGUCAACGCCGACCUCCGGGGCAGCCCCUUCGUCCGGAGGGGGGUUUGCUAGUUUUGCCAGUUCUGGUGGUUUUGCUUCGCUUGGUAACAAGAAUAGUAAUGAAGGCGGCAGUGUAUUUGGAGGUAAAACAUCCGCAAGCCCUUUCGGCUCAGGCGCUUCUCCGUUCUCAACAUCCAAGGACACUGCAUUCCCGCCGCCUAGCCAAAAACCUAACAAUAGUGGCGGGGUCAACCCGUUCUCCACGCCCUUCAAGCUGGAAAGCAGUUUCAAGCCCGACCCUUCUGCAAAGGAGAAUGAUGAGAAGCCUGCUGGCAGUGGCGAGUCGUCACUCUUUGGCAGCAACUUUGGUUCGGCGCUUGGAGACACAGCAAAGCAGACGACGCCUACUAAGGAGCAGGGCAUGGACACGACCGAAGAGACACCAAAGCCCAAAUCACCUUUCUCUCUGGGAGGAUUGGCCUCUACGACGCCAAAAGAGACCCCAGCACCAAGCAGAGGACUGUUUGGCUACGGGACUGCGCCCCAAGGCGGCAAAAGUCUAUUUUCUAAGCCCUCGCCAAAGACAUCGAGCUUCAAACUGGAGCCUCAGUCUCAGACUAAGACUGAGAGCGACGCUCCCCUACCCCCUGAUCCAACUAGCAAGGCGGAAUUCACACUCGGAGACACGUCCUCUUCCUCAGGCGGUGGAAGUAAGACUUCACCGAAGCCGGAGAGCGCCCCGUUGCCUCCUGACUUCCUUUCAACGCCGAAGGUUGCCCAAAUGAAGGCUGCGGUAGCCGCGCCGCUUCCGCCCGACUUUCUCAAGCCUUCGAAAGCUAAGGAGAGCACCACUCCGAUCGAUGAAGCACCUCUGCCUCCCGACUUCAUUACACCCAAGCCCAGCAAACCAGUGGAGUCUACCACGCCUCCUACAGCGCUCCCCUUGCCUUCUGAUAUCCCAAAGUCGCCAACCGAAAGUGAGAAGCCCAAGCAAACAGCGCCAGCUACUGCUCCAGACUUCCUAAAGAUGCCCAAGCAGUCGCUGUCGAAGGCAACUUGGUCGUCUACUCCCGUUAGUGAGGCACCUCCAAAGGAGUCGGAUGAUGCCCCCUUGCCACCUGAUUUCCUUGCCAAGCCCAAGACAAAUGAUCUCCCUAACAUCCCAACCGUCCCUGAUAGCGAGCACGACAGCGAUCUGGAGGAAGACGAGGAAGUGGACGGCGAGUCUGAGGGCAGCGGAGUUGAUGUCGCUAAGGAUCUGAGCCCAUCCAUUGCAGCCAUGACUCCUACGGCUGGCUUGACCCCUCAGAGCUCCUUCGGCGCCGUCAGUAGUAGCACUUAUUCCAUUCCGCGCACCGAGGAGGACAGACCGCGACACUCGCUGUUUGGGGAUCUAAGCCGCAAUGCACCUGUGUUCCCACGACCAUCACAAACAAGCCCACGCUCUCCCAGUCCAGUCCGGAACGCUGUGCCAGGACGGCUGCGUCAUGAGUCAAACCGUUCGGUUAGCGCCCCUGGCAUGGCCUCUCAGAUUUUAAACGCGCAGAAGAAGCAGUCUUCCCAGAUGGGCAUGUCGAUCGUCAGCUCCAAGCCUGCCGAGGACCCUUUUUUGGCACAACAGAGGCUUGCGCGCCAAAAGAAACAUGUCGAGGAGACAAGAACUCUGGAGGAUCAGGAAGACGAUGAAAUUCAAAAGAUACUUGCUUCCAAGAUUGAGCCUACACUCAAGUUAGAUGACUUCAUUGCGCACUCGAAUGUAGUGCCUUCGGCGAAGGAGACUAUACCCGCUCAAGUGGAAGCCGUCUACCGCGACAUCAACUCCAUGAUCGACACUUUGGGUCUGAAUGCCCGCUCGCUGGCCAGCUUUAUCAUUGGGCAUGAUGUUGGUUUCAAGGAUGGCGGCCGACGCAAGGAGGAUCUAGAGAUUCCUGAUACCUGGGUUCUGUCCGAAAUUGACGAGCUCGGAGAGGUCAUCGACAGAUACCUUGCCCGAGAUCUCGAAGAGGGCCGUGUUCAGGAUGUGGAAGAAAAGUUGGAAGCCUGCAACGAGCUUGCCCGCGAGAUGUCUCGCCUCAGGUCGAAACAAGAUGAUCUGAAGAAGAUUAUCAUGGUCAAACUUGACCCUGAUCAGGCCGACAUCAGCCGCUCCUUGCCUCUGAGUACCGAGCAAGCCGCCCAGCAGAAUGAGCUUCGCCGCGAGUAUGCUAAUUUUUCCAAGCUUCUUGCUGAGGCGGAGGAAUCUUUGACUCUUCUCAAGACGAAGAUCGCAGCCGCUAGCAGUGCAUCUGGCAAGGGAAACUCGAAUAUGCCCACCGUUGAGGCUGUUAUGCGAACCAUCAAUAAGAUGACAAGCAUGGUUGAGAAGCGUUCCGGUGACAUUGACGUGCUUGAAAACCAGAUGCGCAAGCUUCGCUUCUCUUCCGUCAACAGUCGUGAGGGUUCGCCUAUGGUCACCCCUCAGAAGAACAACCGGUCGCUUAUGUUCUCGCCUGAACGUAUGGCCUUGGCUUCGCCUGGUACUCUUCGUAACUCCCUUGUGUCAUCUGUCGCUUCUUAUGGUGCGCGUGGCACGCCUCCUCGCAAGAAGCUUUCUGGCUUUAGCAAGGAGGAGAAGUCGGAGUUAAUGACGAAGCGAGCCAAGAGACAGGCCGUAUUGAACAAGCUCAAGACAAAUGUCGAAAGGGCUGGCGUCAGUGUGUGGGCUAUGGAGGAUAUCGAAUAA